ACACCUUGGUUGAGAGUGGACUCUAGACUCCAGAGGGCUAAACAUUUAACCAUGAGGAGGCAAAGGUGAGCCUAGCAGGAUGUGAGUGCAGAGACCGGUUCUCUGAGCAAACCACCAAUGGCUCUCGAAAUGGAGAUACCAUGGGCCUGUCUCCUCUACCUCUACGGGCUCCUUGUAAAUGCCCUUUCUCUCUGUGAGGCUCCUGUGAAGCUGCAUGCCAAUGAGCUGGACCGAGACCAGUUCCCUUUGCAGUAUCUUGGCAGAUGGUUUUUCAUUGCCGCCGCUUCAGCAUCCCCUUCCUCACUGGAGACAUUCACCACCACUGACAACACGGUGUUUCGCAUGACACAGAGCGACAGCCCAGAACGGCUGCAACUACAAGCUGCCAUCCAACUGAAGACAGGCGAGUGUAUGCCUAGAUCAUGGAUUUACUUGCUGAAGGUGAACAGCACGGAUAUGGCUACAGAAGGCCGGCCCCACAUGCGAACAGAGCUCUUCUCUUCCAAGUGCCCUGAUUCCAUCAUUGUCCAGGAAACAGACCAAGACUAUCAGAGGAUCCUUCUAUACUCCCGCGUCCUCCAUCCUGCUGAGGAAUGUAUUGCUGAUUUCAAGGACAAAGCAUUUUGCCUUGACAUGGAUGAAUUCCUGCUUAUUCCCAGGACCCAAGAGAAGAAACAGGGAAGAGAAGAGUGGAAGUUUAUACUUACCAUCCCCCUGACCUCCGUGAUGCACACAGAUGUCUGUGAAUUCCAAGACUCUUGACCCUCAGACCCUUGGACAUGUUGGCAGAAACCAAUCAUCCACUGAAGUUUAUUGUCACUUGGAGAAUCAACUGCUUUACACUCUUUUUUGUUGUUGUUAAAUUUAAAAAAUCCUUUUCUGGUGGCCAAAAAAUAUACAGUGGUCUUCAGGGCGAUCACAGGAUUGGGGCAAUUGCUGGUUGGGACUGAAUACUGUCAGAAUGGAGAAAGGGUGGCAUGGAGGAGUCCAAGGACUAAGAUGAAGAGAGGCCUUACUGGAAUUGGGGCCAUAACUCAUGGUAGAGAAUCUGCUUUGCAUGCAGAAGACCCAGGCUCAAUUUUUGACUGCUCCUGCUGGGGCUGAGAAAAACAGUCUGCCUGAAGCCCUGGAGAGCCACUGACAGAGUAGACAGUGCUAAACUGGAUGGACCAAAGGUCUGACUCAGCAGAUGACAUCUUCCUAUGUAAACUAGGGAUAUGCACGGUGCGACCAAAUGCCGGUUUGGUGGCGGGUUGCCUUUAAGCAGGAGGGAGGGUGCUCUCCCCUCCCCCACUGGUGCUGUGACCAAAAUCGCUGGCACAGGGCAGCAGCGUACCCUCUUGCCACCCCGGUCAGCGUCAGACUGGAAAUGGCCAGUGCACGUGUCUCCUGCUUAAAGGUAACUCCCUCCUGCCAGUUCAGCGGUCCGUAAAAGUUCUGCUGAACUGGUUUGUGCACAUCCCUACUGUAAACAGGAGGUUCCAAACUCUGUGCAUCCCUCAUAAUGUUUAUCCAAGGGCAAAUCAGCAUGAAAGAAAUGCUCAACUACUCAGCCACCCUUCAGAUGCCUCACUCCAAGCAUUUAAAAGAAAACUUUUCCCAGCCAGUCUCUGAAACAGGAAAUCCAUGUGAGGAACGGUUGCGGGGAGUAUUUGAUUGAUUGAUUUCUAUACCACCCUUCCAAAAAUGGCUCAGGGUGGUUUACACAGAGGAAUAAUUAAUUAAUUAAUUAAUUAAUUAAUUAAUAAGUAAGUAAGAUUCAUCCCUGUCCCCAAAGGGCUCACAAUCUAGAAAGAAACAUAAGAUAGACACCAGCAACAGUCACUGGAAGUACUGUGCUGGGGUUGGACAGGGCCAGUUACUCACCCCCUGCUAAAUAAAGAAAAUCGCCACAUUAAAAGGUGCCUCUUUGCCAAGUUAGCAGGGGUUACUUGGGUUAUUUGUAGGAAGAAACUGGCAGCUGUCUGAAGGGUUAUGAAUAUGUACCUCUCCUAUCAAAUACCUGUAAGUGCCUCUUAAAUACCCUGAGCACUGGAACCCACACCCAAAUUCUGAAGAGAAUCUUUGCCAGAAUUUUACAAAAGUUGCCUGCUUUCCCAUGUUGUGUCCAACUGCCAUGAGGACUAGCAGCAUGCAUAUUUGUAGAUCCCGCUGGUUAUAAUCAAGUAUUUUAGAGUGUGUGCUGUUUUUUGAAGUUUCCCUUUUAAUUUAAAUAUAUAGAUAUAUAAACACAAAUUGGAAAAAUAAACAGAUCCAGAACAAUAGUGUUUAGCUGUUAAACAGCAUCCAGGAUAUAGAUACACAGGUUAGUUUAUGUACUUCUCCCACGCACACCCACCCUAUUAACAUCCCAUGCAUUCCCAAAUAUGUCAAGAUAUUUUGGUUCCCCCUGAAGAAGGAAUACACCCACUAUUCAUCCAAACCACAUACAGCAACAUUCUCUCUAGAAAAGGCACUAGAGAACAUCUAGGCUCCUAAAGUGGUACAAGACAAAACAGGGCAGGGAAGAGGUAUAUUUUUACUCUUAGAACUUAUACAGAUGAGUCGUUUUCAGAGAUAUGGAAAUGUUCUCCUCCUCCUGUGCAUACCACACAGUUCCACCCACCCACCCACACCAUUAUUAUUGGCACAUCAUUUCCCCAGAAGAUUUUAAUAAGACUUCUGUAAGGACCUGCUAAAAUACAUUUGUGUGAACUCCAGUGGCCCUUAUUGGCUAGUGCUUUUAAAAUCACUGAUGAUACAACCCACACCUUCCAAUGCCUAUAGUUUGGGGACCAUUUUCUAAAUAUAUAUUUUAGGGUGAGUGCUUAUUAGCUUUUCUACUUGAGCACUCAUGUAGCCCUUUAAAGAGUCACCAGUCCUGUUUAAUGUAGUUGUGAUGGAGUUCGAUUUAAACCAGCAGAACAAGUCAGUCACAACAAACACUCCCCUUACCCAUCAUUUCCCCAUACAAAUGCCCUCCAAAACAACUUUUAAUUGUUCUGCCCACCUAAAAUUGGAAGUGCUUCCAUUUUCUUCAGGGGAGGCAUUUGAAGGUGUGAAUCGGCAGGCCUGGGAAGGGUGAAAGCAUACCUCCCACUUUUUCUUCCCUACAAAUUAAGCAUUUACAUUGCCUCAGGACUUGCUGAUAUAUGCGACAUCCCACCAUGCUGAGAAUCUUUUACCACCAGAGUCCUCAAACUUGGGUCUCCACAUAUUAUUGGACUACAACUUCCAUCACCCUUGGCCACAAUGGCCAAAGGGAUUAUGGGAAUUCUAGUCCAACAUUUGGAGGCUCAAGUCUGAAAACCCUGUUAACGGGUUUCUCUCCCUCUUUUCAAAUGGGCAAAUAAAGUGGGUGUGGUUUUUUUUUAGUUUCUCAAGGCUUCCCACUGAGCUGGACCAUAAGGAAGCCAAAUAGUCCCUUGGAAAAGGUUGCAUUUGAAAUAAGGUGGGAACCAACAAACAGGAAUACUAGUCCCAGCAACUGUUCUCCUUUUGUGUUCCUGUUGUGAGUUACAGCUGCAUUGAUCCUCUUCUUUGCUGCAGAUCAUUUUUGCCCCUGAGGCUGGGAAGAGGUCAGGUCCAUUGCUCUGAAAAAGGAAUCUUCUCCAUAAGCCCUUGGAAAC